CUUACAGGGGUCUUAAUUCACACGCGUAAGUGCGGCUACGUGCUUCAGGGAUACAACAUAGGAUAGCGGCUCACUGCUAACGUUUUAGCCGAGUUGUACACCACUUUAUGUUGUGUCCUCGAAACACGCUCACCCGUUUAAGUUCCUCCAGAGGUUCACUGGUCUUCAAAAUGGGGAAAAGAAGCAGACAAAGACAGAAAAACCAGCCGGCAGCAGGCAGGGACCACAGAGAUAUCCCUGGCUGGGGUGCUGGUUAUGCUGACAUUGUUAAAGAAAACCAGUUGUUUGAGCACUACUACAAGGAGCAAGGCUUAGUUCCAGAGGGAGAGUUUGAACAGUUUAUGGACGCAAUGAGGGAACCAUUGCCAGUAACUAUACGUAUCACUGGCUACAAGAGCCAUGCCAAAGAGAUCCUUCACUGUCUGAAGGACAAAUACUUUAAGGAGCUGGAGAUUGAUGGGCAGAAGAUUGAGGCGCCACAGCCUCUCAGCUGGUAUCCCGAUGAGCAAGCCUGGCACACCAACCUGAGCCGGAAGAUCAUUAGGAAGUCUCCUCUGCUGGAGAAAUUCCACCAGUUUCUUGUGAGCGAGACAGAAUCGGGUAACAUCAGCCGCCAGGAAGCAGUCAGUAUGAUCCCUCCUCUUCUACUGAAGAUUGAGCCUCAUCACAAAAUAUUGGACAUGUGUGCAGCCCCUGGGUCCAAGACAGCCCAGCUUAUUGAGAUGCUGCACGCUGACAUGGAAGUACCUUUUCCAGAGGGCUUUGUCAUCGCAAACGAUGUGGACAACAAACGCUGCUACCUGCUGGUGCACCAGACCAAGCGUCUCAACAGCCCCUGCAUUGUAGUGGUCAACCAUGACGCCUCCUGCAUCCCCACGCUGCAGAUCCAGGCUGAUGGAAAGAAGGACAUCCUCUUCUAUGAUCGUAUCUUGUGUGACGUGCCCUGCAGCGGGGAUGGCACCAUGAGGAAGAACAUUGACGUGUGGAAGAAGUGGACGACCAGCAACAGCCUGCACCUUCACGGCCUGCAGCUGCGUAUAGCUGUGCAUGGUGUUGAGCAGCUAUCUGUGGGUGGGAGGAUGGUCUACUCCACCUGUUCGCUUAACCCUAUUGAAGAUGAAGCUGUCAUCGCGGCGCUGCUGGAGAAGAGUGAAGGAGCACUGGAGCUUGUUGACUGCUCUUCUGACCUGCCUGGCUUGAAGUGGAUGCCUGGGGUCACUUCCUGGAAGCUGAUGACCAAAGAAGGCAAGUGGUAUCCUGACUGGUCGUCUGUUCCGAGCAGCCGGCACACUCAAAUCCGACCCACCAUGUUCCCGCCGGAUGACGCGGAGAAACUGGCUGGCAUGCAUCUGGAGAGAUGUAUGAGAAUUUUGCCACAUCACCAGAACACAGGAGGUUUCUUUGUGGCCGUGUUGAUGAAGAAAGCCACCAUGCCCUGGAACAGACGUUAUCCCAAGCUGAGGAGAGAGCCCACAUCUGGCAUGGAAGCCAAAACACAGAGCUCUCCAGUGGCCCCUGCAGAGACUUCCCGUCUCCCUGAGAGCGGCGCUGUAGAGGCAGAGGAGAGGCAGGAGGAUGGUGUUGGCGGGGAGGCCCUGGAUGGAGCACCCACAGGAGAUCAGGAGAAGAUUAACAAACAAGAUGGCGUGUGUGGGCCUCCACCUUCAAAGAAGUUGAAACUGUUUGGCUAUAAGGAAGAUCCCUUUGUCUUUCUCAGUGAAGAUGACCCCAUCUUCACCACCAUGCAAUCCUUCUAUGAUUUGUCCCCAAACUUCCCCAAGCUGAACGUCCUGACCAGAACCCACGAGGGCAAGAAGAGACACUUAUACAUGGUGUCCAAAGAGCUGCGGAACGUGCUGAUCAACAACAGCGAACGCAUGAAGGUCAUAAACACAGGGGUGAAAGUGUGGUCUCGCAACAGUGAUGGUGAGGAGUUUGGGUGUGCCUUUAGAGUGGCUCAAGAGGGUAUCUACACUCUGCAGCCAUACAUUCGCUCCAGGAUCAUCACGGUGAGUGUGGAGGACAUCAAGGUGCUGCUCACCCAGGAGAACCCCUUCCUCAGCAAACUGGAGGACGACGCCCAAGCUCAAGCCAAUAAAAUAGAAAUGGGCAGCAUUGUGUUGAAGUACAUUCCCAACCCAGACAAGCCCAAAGAGCCUCAGUGUCCUAUUCAGCUGUGCGGCUGGCGAGGAAAGACGUCCAUCCGAGCCUUCGUCGCCCGAAACGAGCGGUACCACUACCUGCGCAUGCUGGGUGUGGAGGUCUUUAGGGACAAGCAGGGCGUGGGUCAGAAAGCAACAGAACAGGAGAACAAAAGAAAGGAAGAUGGAGAUGUGGCAGCAGCGGAGGAUGAGAGGGACUUGGAUAAUGGAAGUGAGAAUGCAUCACCACAAACAAAGAUGGAUGGGACGAGCGGCUGAGAGGAGGAGGACUCGAUGAAAGUGCAUUGAAGCUCAAAGCAGCUGGAUUAAAAAAACACAAUCUGCAGGAGAGGACUUUGUUUACAGAAGCAAUCCCUGCCAGACCAGCACUCAGCUGGAAAUUCUGGUUUUGAUGCCUCUAGGAGGACGAUGUUUUCAGUUCAUGAAAUGGCUUCUGUUAUUUUUUUUUUUAGUCUUGGUAUUACCACACAGCCGCAUAACAUUUCCUUCAGUUGUGCAUUUUUUAAAAAGUUUUAUAUCAGUCUUAUCUCAUUUUCUACACCUGUAUGAUCAGAAAUGGAGAAAUCAAUAAAGGUGUGACAAAUA